AUGCCUCGCCCUAGCAAGUUACAAGUUACAAGCUCCACGCACAAGUGCGGGGGUGUCCGUAAAAGCCAUUGGGGGGGGCCCAUGGACGGUAAAUCGUUUCUGGCGCGGUUACGUGGUGGACCAUCAUCGUCCUCCCUCGUCCGCUUGAGCAUGUUUGGUGUGUCUGGAGCCAUACAAACCCUGCAGCGGAAGAAGCGCAGCGCUGGAGUGCGCGCUGCGCAGCAGCCGCUCUUCCUCCCCAUCAACUGCCCCUGGAACACCUCUUACCAGCUAGCUAAGUGGGGCUUAUGUCCCCCCCCUACUCGAUACUUACUUGUGAUGGCCGCCAGAGGAAUUUGGAGCUCUUGGCCCGGCUGGGCGCUGCCAGGGGCAGGCUGCCACCGAAGGCUGCUGCUCGCAACUGUUAAGUAUCCCUCCGGGCCUCCAGCACCAAGCCAUGCGCGCUUGGUGAUAAGUUGCUGCUCGUGCGCCAUGGCUGCCGCGGUGCUGAGAUGUGCCGAGUCCUACGGCCGCCGUAUUAUGAUCGCUGCCUACAUCCUUUGA